UCUCAACUCCUCCACUGAAUUCGAGCUUCUGCCAUGGCGGAUUCACCUCCCAACCGAAUCGAUGUGUUUUGGCACGAGGGGAUGCUCAAUCACGACACCGGCAAUGGUGUAUUCGACACCGGAGACGAUCCAGGUUUUCUCGACGUGUUGGAUAAGCACCCAGAAAACUCCGACCGGAUUAAGAACAUCGUUUCCAUUCUCAAAAGAGGACCCAUCGCUCCUUUCAUCACUUGGCGUUCCGGACGACCCGCACUCAUCUCUGAAUUGCUUUCUUUCCACCAUUCAGCCUCAAAGUGGAUUUAUCGACGAGGUAGGUGAAGGAGAGGGUUUCGGCUAUAAUUUGAAUAUACCUCUGCCAAAUGGAACAGGGGACCGGGGAUAUGAGUAUGCCAUGGAGAAGUUAGUUGUCCCAGCAAUUCAAAAGUUCAAGCCAGAUAUGUUGGUUUUGGUUGCAGGCCAAGAUUCAAGUGCUUUCGACUCAAAUGGAAGGCAAUGCUUGACAAUGGAUGGUUACCGAAAAAUCGGGCAGAUCGUUUCAGAGCUGGCAAGUAAGUACAGCGGUGGACGCCUCCUUAUAGUCCAAGAAGGGGGAUACCAUGUUACUUAUUCGGCUUAUUGUCUUCAUGCAACACUUGAAGGGGUACUCAACCUCUUGCCUCCUUUGAUAUCUGAUCCGAUGGCUUAUUACCCGGAAGACGAGGCGUUUUCUGUGAAGGUAAUUGAUUCCAUUAAACAGUACCAAGAUGAAAAUGUGCCAUUCUUAAAAGUGUAGCAUAGUUUUGAUAGGUAUACAUCUGUAUUGGUUGAUGUUUGUGUACUCUUUGGUUGGACAAAGCAUUCUAAAGUUUGGUUAAUAUAAUUAUGCGAUGCCUAUGAUAGCUUCCAAUUA